UUUAGCCUUCAACUUUCACUUUCAGCGCUUCAAUCUUCAACACUCAUUCUUGGCGCUUGAGCCUUCCACUAUUCUUUCUCAGCGCAGAUGGCGUUGCACGGCAGCAAGGCAAGACUACAGCCUCGUGCACUACCAAAAUUUGCGGUCUUCAGUGAAUAGCCGCAUCCUCAAGGCCCCGCUAAGAUCGAGCCGUGUCAUCUCCGGGGCCUGGGUUGUAAGAUGUCGGAUGAUUUAUGCCAAUAUAACUGUUCCAAACGUCCUGAGGCUGUGUCGCCUUAUCCCGAUAUUUCGGGGACUGUGGUGGUAUGUGGCUAUGUUGCGACCGCUGGCAUUGUAAUAAUUAUCAUCAUGUUCUAUUACUGCACAGCAUACGACCCAAACGAAAACCCUUUUCGAAAAGACCCCAGCAGUAGCAGCCCCACCCAGAUGUCUUCCUUUCAUCCAAAUCCUGUCGAUGUUAUAUUCCUCGAUCUGAGGCUGGGAAUUAAGAGGCGGUUUAGGAAGACGAAUUCAAUAUCCCACACCAAUCAGGCACACAGACAUCCCAAUUCCCGUUUGCGACAAUUAUGUGUUAAGUGCAUUCAAGCCAUGACCGACCUGCAGAUUUUAUCUGGUAUUUCUAUUCUGAUUAGCGGAUACAUCCAACUGUGUUGCGGACUCUCCUCCUAUCACUAGAAUUACUACUGGCCGUCCGAUAGCGAUCUGUCCGAUGUCGAUCUGUUCAAGCCGACUCCGAGCGAUUACGCAAUCUGCUACUUGAAGACUCAGGUUGAAAUUGAUGUGAACUCUGAUUUCUAUAGACGUCUAGCUAGUUGUAUAUAUACUAGGGGAAGGAAGGGGGCCACCCCCAGGGUGG